AUGUUCAGCCUGGGCGUGAUAGAGACGGCACUUAACCGUUCGCAUGAGUUUUCGUCGGCGGAGAAGCAAACAAUUCUGAAGUUUUUGGAGGAGUUCGUCUUGUUCGAAGUUAUAUCUUCCUCGUCUUCCUGCGCAACUCCACCUGCCUUUACGAAAUGCAAGGCUGUAAAGCUAGCGGCUGUAAUUUACAAACGUGACUUCGCACAAAAUGUCCCAUCCUUCAUUGAAAAACUUCUCCAGCCACUGAAGGCACCUGUAAGCGUGACUACACUGGACCAAGCUCAGCGGCUUUCUUUUGCUCUGACUACUCUUCAUUUUGCCUACGAGGAACUGGUCCGACCAGACUCUAGCCUGAACAGCGAAAAGGCAGCAGCUCUUCGCCCGCAAUUGGAUAACAUCGCGAGCCUGAUUUUCGAUGCCUUGAUGGAUUUGACCGAGGCAAUCUUAUGCUGCGAUAUUCUUAAUAAAGUAAAAGGUUUGUUUAUGGAGGACUGUGUUUCGGAGGGGGAUUUUUAUGCAUCAACGCGAGAAAUACUGGGUCUCUCGGCAAAUUUACUCUGUGCUGCGGAUCCGAACAAGCAGGAGGUUUCGUCAUUUUUGGUAAAAAUCUUUGUCAGUAUUCUGGUAUGCCUAAGCGACCUUGUGGCCACGGCGCCCCUCGCCUCCCUCAACCCGUACAAAUUAUACAGUUGUAUCUAUGUUUUUGACAUCCUUGGCUCACCCACCACAGUGACAACUAUUUCACAUUUGGCAAAAACGUACAAUCUUCCGUCCACUAUGUCUUUAGAUACACUUUCCGAAGUAGGAUUUAAUAGUUUGUCCUGUCUACAGGAGGUCGUUGAACGCAAGGACUUACCUCGAGAUUCCAUGGUUGUACAGCUUUCAUUUGUCUUCAAAAUUAUUCAUUGGUCUCUCUUAAUGCAGGAUCCGAAUUUUCCUGUUUCGGAGCUCGCAGAACCGGUCCUAACUUCUAUAUCAGGGACCAGAGAUGCUGUUUCGCGCCCGACGUCUGACGGGACUAGUCUCGCCGAAAUAACAUUGCUUAACCAAACCAUAGAAUCAGUAUGGCAGAACGCUUGCCAAAAACUUUCGGACCUCUUACAACAUCUUGUCACAAAUUUUCUCCAUUUCUUUAAACAAAACGAAUACCCCGCCCCCACAUCGCCUUAUCAAUUUCACCCUCUUAACUUCAUGCUGCUUGUGCACAAUUUCACUUUUCAGACUUGCAAGCGAAUUUUUCCUGUUUACAUCUCAAGCCUUGACAUAUGGACCUCUUAUCUGGAGUUUAAUAGAGCCAUUUACUAUGGAGACUCUGCGACUCCAUCCACUCUGGCACAGCGCAACGUGGACUUGCCGCAAUCCACUCAGUUGAUCAUCUCUACUCUUUGCUUGUCACUUAUCUCGAGUCUUUACUUUUCAGACUCCGCAAGUUUCCUUGAUUCCCUUGACAAUGAGUCCGAUGAUUUAGCAGCUGAUGCGGGCGCCCAUUCCAACUCCUACUCAUCAUUCUUUGAUGACAUUCUGCAGAAUACACAUUCAUUUGGUCUUGAAAAUCACGACUCGGAGUACCAUGAUUUUGUCCAAACCUCUCUCACGCUACUCGCCUCUGUGACCUUUUUUGUGCCAAAAUUAGUCUUUCAGUCCAUAUUUUCUCACCUGCAAGACGGACUGAAUGUUUUCAGACAACUUACAAGCCCCGAUGAACAACUAGUUCUCGAAGAGCACGUUUCAAGGAAGCUUCAUGGCGCCCUACGUGACCUUACAAUGAGUUUGCAGUGCGUAUCCUUCCUGGCAGACAAUUUGGUUUCUGUGAGCGAGACUGAUGUGAUUCGGUGGUUACUUCAGUGCUUAGCCCAGUCACUGGGGGCCGGCGUCUCAUUCCUCGAACGCAUUACUACCUUGCGUGAGGAAACAAUAAGGAAGGAUGUGAUUGAAGUUGUGGUCGAAAACGUCAACGCUGUACGCUGUUUGAUCGCCAGCGGUCUCAUUAUUUCUAACGAAAAUGAUUUAUCAGCUAAUCAUGAGAUAAAGGGCUGCCUUGUCUUGUCAAUAUCUGAAAGAGAUUCUCUGGUUGCACUGCUGCUGUCGUGCAUUCGUCAGCUUCUGUUUACCACACACUCGUCACGUGCAAGCCAUUUGCCUUUGCAUGCCGCCAAGCUUUUCUUUACCAUGGUAACUACGGGCAACCCACCUGGCUUCUUACCGCCAUCUUAUCUUCUCCUGUCCCCCUCGUCAAAUCCAGAAUCCUCAGGUCACUUGCAGGAAAUCUUGGGUUGUUGUUUUUCAGUUGGAAUACUCAAAUCCCUCCCCAUUGCCGUUCAGCGGGUAAUUGUGCGUGCCUGCACGGUCUAUCUCCUCACCGACGAGGUUCCCCGCGUCGCCCAGUCGGUUGCUCUUAAACGUCUUGAAGAUCUACGCAGUGUGACAGCACUUAAACUGAGCCUCUUCACCGAUCGCCUCUUCCUCGUGUUCUCUCACUGCAUCCAGCCACAGACUCUAAAGACCGAUGAGGACUCAUAUUUUGCCGGACUCUGUUGGCUGAACGAAGCAGUGGCCUCCCUGUCCAGUCUGAGUGGCAAGAGCAGACGCCUGAUGUAUGACCAUCUUCUGAACUCUAAGCUUCUCGACCAGUUGUGGCCCUGUCUCGAUGUUAGCCUAACCACAUCGGUGGAUUGUGAGCGUAACACAGCUCUGUUUAUCGCUCAUCUUUCCUUUUUUGUGCAAUUUAUCGACGUCUAUGGCAAUCAAAAAGCGACUGCUAACUUUAUUCCGAGUUUUGUGACUGCCGUUUUGAAACUACUGCAGAUACUUGAACAAAAAAUGUCCUCGCGUCUCGUCUCCCCAGUAAUGGCUCAUCUGGUCAGGUUGCUUAACGUGUUGGUACAGAAUAGGAGUGCAUUUUUGCCCCUGGUUUCGGACGUCUUCCACUUUUGUGUCCACUUUCUACUGCUAAAUCUUGCCGCUGUGCAACCGACUGUCGACCUCAGUGUUAUGGCAAAUGUCUCAAUCGUUGUUAGCCGCGCCUGCCUAAACGAUGCAGACUUUUGCAUCAGCAUAUUUGAUCUUUUAUUCCGCAUAUUGUCCUUUGGUUUCCCCCAGCUGACACAAGCCAACGGAUUCCAGCCGACUGCUGCCGUAAAUGAUGACGCGACAAAAUUGGAGGAUUUUAACCUGUUUAUGCGUCUCGUCAUGGCAGUUUUCUCCGAAAACGUGACAGAUCUCCGCCUAGUUGUACAGACAAUGAAUUCCUUAUGUAGCCUGAACCAGCGUCAUGAUCUCUUUUCUCUGCCAAUCUUCUCGAUGAGGUGGCGCGAUCAACUCGCUCAAUGCAUACUGAGCUUCCUUAUGACACAACCUCAGACAGACGGAAAAGAGUCUCUGUUCCAUGGACUAUACAGUUUAUACGUGACCACCGACCGCGACCAGUCCGUCUUUCAAGCUAACCUCUUUUGGGAGUCUGCCAUGUCCCCAUUCCUAGUAAGCGUUCAACAUCUGCUGCCCAGUGGCAAGUCAGAGUUGUGCCGUAAUCUUGCUCUUUCAUUCAACUCAUCGGGGCCAAAGUUUAAGGACGUAGAGGAGUUAUCCUCACUUUUGUCACCCUUCUUGACCGAUUUGAAGUAUCUGUGCAAGAGCGGAGGCACUCAGGUUUCUCAGGCAUAUCCACUGCCAAUUAAAAUUUCUUGAGGUUCCAGAUCCUCAUCUUUAACCAAAACAGGUAAAUCUGUCAUUUUUGCCUUGCAAUUUGCAGUUUUUUUAGUUCCUCCGUCUCGUUUAUUGCACCAUAUGUUGUCCGUUUUCAUGUAGCAGUUUGACCGUUUAACUUGUUUUAUCAUAAUGAAACAUUUUUUGAGGCUGCCUGCACGACCAUGUAGUCCUACCGUCGGCUUUUACGUGUUGCUGUGAAGUUCUCCAAAGUGCAUGAAGUUUCAUCCUGUGUUUCUAGGUAAUUUAGGUUUAUCGGACUUUUAAUUAGCAUCAGUCCCGAAAUCUUACUGGAGCUAAAUCCUUGGAAAGUUCUUCUUUUGAAUUUUGUCUCUUAUCUUUACCUUCCAUCCCGAGGGUGUAAUUUGGGUACAUUCACAGCGAGGGUUUUUAUCGCAUUUGAUCCCAAAGCAACUGAUCCGGCACAUGCACACUCAGUCUUUACAGCAACUCUCAGGCAGGCUGUCACGCUGCCCGGCCGAAAAUGUGUCAUAGGUCUCCCAAUGUCUGUUGCUUGGAGUUUUCCUAUCAAACCUCAGGAAACCCUGGUGGCAUUAAAUGGGAAACUAGUUAGUAUCGAUCAAAGUUAUCCUCUUUCGUGCUCAUUGCUCGAAUGCAAUAGACGACGGCUGCAAAUAUUUUGGCAGUCCUGGUAGCAGAACUGUUAGAAUGCCUCCAAGAAACGUGGAUGGACAUUUGUAGUCGGCGUGAGUGCAAACAAACUUUAUGAAGUCAGUAUUUGCAUGCAUAAUGUUACCCGACCACCACAAAUGCAGACACCUGACAUUCCUGACAAGUGAUGAUCAUUUUUCGGUUUCAUAUAUCAGGGUUGACCUGGCCAACUGAAUGUUGCCUUCACACACAUGAACUCAUUUCCUUCUCAAUUUGGCUGUUUAGGGUUGAAAGCCAGCAAUACGGGGGACUUAGAAACGCGUUUUUCUUUCAACCCAGGUGCUGCACUAAACUUGUUUAGUCUAAGUUAGUGGGGUGUCGUUUUGCUUGUCGCACGUUACGUCGAAAACAGUGCUCAUAUAAGUUGAUUACUAAAAACAAGCUGUCGGACGUAAGCUCCGCGAGUCUCUAACUGUUGCACGUUAUACCGCCCUACGUACAGUAGAAGAUAUGGUAAGUCAGCAGGAAAUUUGAUCAGUUUCUGAGAUGUGCUCCCGGCCAAGCGCAUCACUUAUUGACAAAUUUAUCGGUCUCUCUUGGGCAAGGUUUGUAAAACCAUAUUUUAUUGUUUCAGGUGA